AUGGCCCGCUGCUACGGUAACCAAAACUACGGAGUACCUGUUUCAAGAAAACCUAUUCCGGUGCUAGAAAUGAUGUUCAACACCGUUCCCGCUUCUUCGAAUGAUCUCCGCCAAUUCGGUUACAUCUCAUGA